UACAGUUCAGUCGCGAUCGCUGUGCUUUGUAAUCGUUUAUUUUAGUUUGCCUCAGUUGUAGCACCCGACGAUUAAGCGGUACACCCGUCGGUAUAAUGGCCGCCACGUUGGAAGACAAGGCGCUGUGGGAGGAGUGCGGCAUAGAGCUGAGCGACGAGGUGCUGAAAAUGUCCACGGACGAGCUGAAGACGCGGGCGCUGCUGAUGGACAACGAAAUCAAAAUCAUGAUCAACGAGGUCGCGAGGAUGAAGCACGAAGUGAAGACGCACAACGAGAAAAUCAAGGACAACAAAGCGAAGAUUAAGGUAAACAAAACGCUCCCGUACCUGGUGUCGUCGGUGAUCGAGCUGCUGGACAUGGACGGGCAGGAGGAGGAAGAGGAGGACGGUGCGGUGAAAAUGGCCGACAGCACACGGAAGGGCAAGAGCGCGGUCAUCAAAACGUCGACGCGGCAGACGAUUUUCCUCACCGAAAUCGGGCUCGUCGAGGCGGAAAAGCUGAAACCGGGCGAUCUGGUGGGCGUAAACAAAGACUCGUACCUCAUCCUGGACACCCUGCCCGCCGAGUACGAUGCGCGCGUCAAGGCGAUGGAGGUAGACGAGCGGCCCACCGAACAGUACUCCGACAUUGGCGGUCUCGACAAGCAGAUACAGGAGCUGAUUGAAGCGGUCGUCCUGCCGAUGACGCACAAGGAGAAGUUCAAAAACCUGGGCAUCCACCCGCCGAAGGGAGUGCUGCUGUAUGGCCCGCCCGGGACGGGCAAAACGCUGCUCGCCCGCGCCUGUGCCGCACAGACCAAGUCCACGUUUCUCAAACUGGCCGGACCGCAGCUGGUGCAGAUGUUCAUCGGUGACGGUGCGAAGCUGGUGCGGGAUGCGUUCGCGUUGGCGAAAGAAAAAGCACCUGCAAUUAUCUUCAUCGACGAGCUGGACGCUAUCGGUACGAAGCGCUUCGAUUCGGAAAAGGCGGGCGACCGCGAGGUGCAGCGAACGAUGCUGGAGCUGCUGAACCAGCUCGAUGGGUUCAGCUCGUCGGCCGACAUCAAAGUUAUUGCGGCGACCAACCGGGUUGACAUCCUGGAUCCGGCCCUGCUGCGGUCCGGGCGCUUGGAUAGGAAAAUUGAAUUCCCACACCCGAACGAGGAGGCCCGAGCCCGGGUGAUGCAGAUUCAUUCGCGCAAAAUGAACGUUAGUCCCGACGUUAACUUCGAGGAGCUGGCACGCUCGACGGACGAUUUUAACGGGGCCCAGUGUAAGGCGGUGUGUGUCGAGGCCGGCAUGAUCGCCCUGCGACGAGGGGCCACGGCCCUCACCCACGAGGACUUUAUGGACGCCAUCAUGGAGGUGCAGUCGAAAAAGAAGGCCAAUUUGAACUAUUUCGCGUAGGACACGCAGACCCGACACACAUGGUCGAAAGAGAAGUUUAGUUUGAACUGCUGUGAAACUAGUUUUUUUUGCUUUUCGUUAAUUUAUGAUCAAUAAAUAACCAUCGGUACA